GUGAUUAGAGAACCUGAGAAAUUAUCUCUAUCAACCAAACUAAUGUUGUAGGCAAACUUGUGGGGUAUUCAUCUUGUAUUCAGUUCCGAGAUGAUGUGAAGGUUCUAUGUGAUAUGUCUUCAUGAGCCAAACUUUGUCACUACACUUUCAACAAGAAGUACAGUUACGUUUUCUUUGUCCUGGUGAUUUAGGAGAAGUCAAGAGACUAUGUGCUGAAUGGUUUCCGAUUGAUUACCCAGAUUCCUGGUAUGAUGACAUCACUUCCAGUUCCAGAUUUUUUUCUCUGGCAGCAACCUAUCAUUCCCGAAUUAUUGGUCUCAUAGUAGCAGAAAUCAAACCAAAAGUCAAACUGAAUAAAGAGGACUCAGAUAUUUUAGCAACAUGUUUUCCACCAACUGUCCAGGUGGCUUAUAUUUUAAGUCUAGGCGUUGUAGAAGAAUUUCGUAGAAAUGGGAUAGCCUCUCUGUUGUUAGAUAGUUUGUUAUCCCAUCUUACAACUAAAGAAUUCUACAACUGUAAAGCUGUAUAUUUACAUGUCCUAGAGUCCAAUGGUGAUGCUUUAAGAUUUUAUGAACGACGAAAUUUUAGACCUCAUAGUUUCCUUCCAUAUUAUUAUUUUAUACAAGGCAAAUCUCGUCAUGGAUAUUCCUAUGUUUUAUACACCAAUGGAGGCCAACCACCGUGGUCUUUUACAUAUCCUUUUAAUAAAGUUAUUGUUUUUAUUUUACAUAAUUAUCAUUAUGCUUGUGUCAAUAUCUCCAAUUUUAUCUUAAAAUCCUUAACCAAUCUUACUGACUAUAUAUCACAUUGUGGUUCAGUUUUAGCCAAAUUACAACCAUGUGCAUUUCCACGUCAAGUUUACCAGGCGUUGAGAAGUUUAAUGCAGAAGUUUGUGGUAGUAUCAAAACCAGCAACUCAGGAACAACAUAGCAGAUAA